AUGAGACCUUCUAUGUUAUUCACCGUCUGCGUGGCCGUGGCUGCGCUGGUUGUGGUUGGCGGCGGCCGCGGCACACUGGGUGCAGCGCCGCCUCCAGAAGAGCUCCUGUGGGACAACGACUUCGGCGAUCCGCUGCUCGUCGAGUGCCAGAGCGGAUACGCGCUGCACAGAGCUCGGAUUCAGUUUUCUUUCUCAUUAGGAUACCGAUGGGACUGGGAAUGCAAAAAGAUCAGUGAUGGAGUGGUGAGAGAGAACUGCAUGUGGUACGCAGCGAACGAAGCCUUCCAGCCAAUGGUCUUCCGCUGCCCAAAGAGGCAGUACAUGGCUGGCGUGAGGACUGCAACGGGCGGAGAUGACCAAAUUGGUCGGGAGUGGAGGUUUGAAGAGUGUGCUGCCUCACGAUGUCAGCUGUUUCCAGGACUGGAGCUGAAGGAGAAGCCCGAGGAAAAGGAAUAUCCCGCUGCUGAAUAA